AUGGGUUAAGAAUUUUAUAAUAUGUAAAAUAUUAAAAGACAAAAAUCUAUUUUUGAUUAAACAUUUAGUUAAAGGGCAACAACCACAGCAGAAUCAAAAAGGACUUGUAAAAUACCUAUACAGAUUAUUGAUUUCAAAAAUAAAUUUGAAACUUAUCUUUCUGGAUAAACUUCAUGUGUUGAUGUUAUUAAAUAUAAUAACAGCUUGCCAACUAAAAAAUAUAGAAAUGUAAAACUAAUUAGUAAUAUUUAGAGUAUUUUAACAAAAAGGAAAACUCUUCAUAUUACAAAUACAAUCACUUAAUAAGAAACAAUGAUCGAUUAUAACGACAUAAAAGAAUUCAUUGUUAACCAUGAUUAAAACUAUACUGAAAUUAAGAAAACUCUCAAUACUUAACCUUCUCUACCAGAAAGAAAAUCAUCAAAAUAAGGAUUCAGAACUUAUAUUAAAAGUGAUUAUUAGGAAAAUAAAUAAUUGGGUCACUUGAAUUUAAUAGCAGAAGAUUAUCGAUCAUAAAUUAGAAAUAAUAAUUUAGUUUCAAGUCCUGAUUAGUUGAGUAUAAUAUUAUUUUUAUUGGUAGUAUUUAAGAAUAAAAUCAAAGCAAGAACUAAACAUAUGGCAUUAAUUAAGUAUUUAUCAAGCGUGCAUUUAGACCUAAAUUGGAUUCAGCAAACAUGUAAUCUCGAAUAAAAUAGUUAAAAUUAGAAAAUGGAACAAAAUAACCAAUAGUAGAUGUUUAUUAGAAAGUAAAAAUGAAAAUUAAUAAUCAUAGUUAUUUAGAGCAACAUCAGAUCAUUUUUUAGAUGCCUUAAAAUUAAAUUGUAAUGUGAGAACAACUGAAUUAAAUAAAAUGGGAGAAUUAGAUUUCUAUGAGUAAUAUAAUUGAUAAAUCAAAUAUAGGUUAGAUAAUAGAUAAAAAGCAAUUUCUGAAAGACUUCCUAAAAAAUCAAUUUAUGGAAAUUAAAAAUAAUUGAAAUACAAUAAAAAUUGUCCAACAAAUCAAUUUGAUGAUUGUAUUUUAGAUGAAUCUAUUAUUUCAGAAACAGAAGGUUUUCUAUAUUUAUUAUAUUCAAGCUAAAUUAAAUAUCUUUUAUGGUCAAAGCAAAGAUUAUUAAAAAAAAAUAAUGAAUCGAAAUGAAAAUCCUAAUAAAGUUGUAAAUAUAAUUUCAAAAAUUGAUUAAAUUAGAGAUAAUAUCUACAAAGUCAAUAAAAAUAAAUUAUAUUGUGAUUGA